AUGCAGCUACUGGAAAAUACGGUCUAUAUGUCCGGAGAUGGAGCUGAAAUCCUCAUGGGACAUCUCCACGAAGCUCUCCUGGAGGUAAUUGGAAAGCCUUUGCAUGAGGUUCCUGGGGAGAGCGGCCUUAUUGCGUCCUCCGUGGUAGGAAACUUUUCCGGGCCAGGCUAUCAUCAAGUACUCUGGGAUCAUUGCCUUGCAGAGCAUGGUGGCAUACAGCCCGGUUUUUGCUGGCUUUCGCGCAGCAUGCGGUCUUUCUCUGUUUCAGAAAUCCUUAGCAGAGUGAUGUCGCUCAUGGUGACCUGCUUUGAAUUAGGGGAAGCUGCGAGUGUCUCUCGAGCUACCCCAGCAUCCCCCUCCCAGAGGCUGGCGCAGAUUAGGCGGAGAAAGAAAAGGACACAGGACAAGAUGUUCUCCGAACUUAUGGGCUGCUCCCAAGCCGAGGCGGCCCAGUGGAGGGAGAACAUGUCGCAAUACCAGCGAUCACACAGCGAACUGGAGGAGAGGUGGCGGCAGGAAGACCAGCAGGCGACUCAAACGCUGCUUGGACUAAUGAGGGAGCAAACGGACACACUCCGGCGCCUUGUGGAUGUUCUGCAGGACCGGAGGCAGGAGGACAGAGCCCCGCUGCAGUCUAUCUGUAACCACGGUCCCCCGCCACAAAGUCACAUACCCCCCUCACCCAAAGUCCCAAGAAGGAGGGGCGGCAGGGGCCGUGAAAACUGUCACUCCACCCCUGCAGACUGCUCAAGUAACAGAAGGCUCUCAUUCCCAAAGUUUUGGUAAGUCCUUUCCUUCACUCCAAAAGCACCUCACCCAAGCCCCCGUCCCAGUGUCAUCCCCUAACUGUGUAGUUGUUAAUAAAAGAUACGUUUCUGUUCA